AUGGAGGAUCCGUUAUACAUUAAAGAUCUUUGGAGGCCAAUUGUGAUAUUGACGGAGGUACCAGUACCAACGUUCGAGGAGUCCGAUCCUGUAGCGGAAACCAAAUUGGCAUCGUCUUCUGGUGGCAAACCAACGACAAUGUCCGAAAACGAAUGGAUGGUGCUCAAUCGGAAGUGUGCUGCUCAAAUCCAACAAUGGAUUGAUAAAAGCAUUUUUCAAAAUUUUGCUAAUGAACAUGAUGCUGGUGUUCUUUGGCAAAAAUUAGAGAAAAUGUACGCAAGAACAACGGCGCAAAAUAAAGCAAAUCACAUGUGGCGGCUCGUGAAUCUAAAAUACAAAGACGGAAGCAGUGUCUCAGAACACAUGAACGAGUUCCAAAGUAUGGUAGACCAACUCAAUUCUAUGAAGAUGACAUUAGAUGAUGAAUUGCAGGCAUUACUGCUGCUUAGCUCUUUGCCAAAUAGCUGUGACACACUUGUUGUGUUAGUCAUCAACUUGGCUCCUUACGAUAAUAAAGGAAGUGCCUUGGAAAUACUCUCCAUCUCUCUCGAGGAUCACGAGAUGCGGGUAGCUACGUUGAUCGGCCGAGACUGCUAUAACUCUGCAGGGUAUGUCGCCACUUCAAGCAUCUUUCCCACACUCACCCUCAAAGAAUUCCCCAUAUCCAACACCAAGAACAAGUUCAUAGCUGUCGGUUGCGAUACAUAUGCGACCUUCAAAGACCGCCAGGGCAAUUUCGCCUUUGGAUGUAUGUCGAUAUGCAAUGACAUUUCUGAAGUGACUAAUGGCUCGUGCUCAGGUAUUGGUUGCUGCGAGACGAGCAUACCUAGGAACUCGUUCGACUACAAUAUCUCCAUUGAUAGCUAUAGAAGCCAUGAAGAAGUCUUGGAUUUCAACCCUUGCAGCUAUGCUUUUGCCGUGGAGAAUGGUUUCUACAAUUUCAGCUCUGAUGAUCUUUCGGGACUUGAACUUGAGAAGGCUCCCUUGGUUCUCGACUGGGCAAUAGGGGACAAAAAUUGCGAGGUCGCCAAGAGCAGUGCAAAGAACUACAUGUGCACCGAGAAUACCCAUUGUACCGAUGCUAAAAAUGGGGUGGGGUACAAGUGCACUUGUUUAGAAGGUUUCCAUGGCAAUCCGUAUCUCACGAAUGGCUGUCAAGAUAUUGAUGAAUGUGCCGAUCCAAAUAAGAACCAGUGCAACGGAAUUUGCUAUAACUUCGAUGGGAGUUAUAAUUGUUCAUGCCCAAAGGGUUAUCAUGGCGAUGGCAGGAAGGGUGGGCAAGGAUGCACUGCUAAUGCUAAUCCAUCACAUUGGGUGCAGAUUCUUGUUGGUUCUGGUGCGGGGACAAUAGUGCUGCUAUUCAGCGCAGGCUUUCUGUAUCUGGGAAUCAAGAAAAGGAAACUCAUAAGGCUCAAAGAACAUUACUUCAAACAAAAUGGUGGCUUGCUUUUGCAGCAACAGCUACACGAACGUGACAGAACCACCAACACCACAAAAAUCUUCAAAGCCGAAGAGCUAGAGAAGGCUACCAACAAUUAUGACGAGAGCAGAAUAGUCGGCCGAGGUGGAUAUGGUACAGUUUACAAAGGAUUGUUGCCAAAUAACACGGUUGUUGCGAUCAAGAAGUCUAAACUUGUGGACAAGACCCAAAUCGAACAGUUCAUCAAUGAAGUCAUAGUGCUUUCUCAAAUUAAUCAUCGUAAUGUGGUUAAGCUUUUGGGAUGUUGUUUGGAGACAGAAGUGCCUUUGUUAGUGUAUGAGUUCAUGAACAAUGGAACUCUGUUUGACCACAUUCACAAUUGCAUCAAGUCCUCCAAGAUGCCUUGGGAUACCCGAUUGAGAAUUGCUUCAGAUAUUGCUGGCGUCCUUUCAUACUUGCACUCAGCAGCUUCCACUCCCAUAAUCCAUCGUGACGUCAAGUCAACAAACAUCCUUCUUGAUGACAAUUACAUUGCCAAAGUUUCUGACUUUGGAGCUUCAAGAUUAGUCCCACUUGAUCAAACUCAAUUGUCCACUUUAGUUCAGGGGACAUUGGGAUACUUGGACCCUGAAUACUUGCAAACAAACCAAUUAACAGAAAAAAGCGAUGUUUACAGCUUCGGAGUUGUGCUAGUCGAGUUGAUAACUGGGAAGAAGGCACUUUCUUUUGAUCGACCUGAAAAAGAGAGGAGCCUAGCAAUGCAUUUUCUUUUGUCAUCAAAAAACAAUCAAUUGUUCCAAAUUGUUGAUCGAGUUAUUGCAGAUGAAGGGAACAACGAGCAAGUGAGGGAAGUUGCCAAUAUUGCAAAGAGAUGCUUGAGAUUAAAAGGUGAGGAGAGGCCGACCAUGAAGGAAGUGGCAAUUGAAUUGGAGGGACUCAAAGCGAAAUCUAACCAUCCAUGGAUGAGUACUGUCAAUUUGAAUGGAGAAGAGGUGAUUCAUUUGCUGGGAGGGACGACCGACCUCACCGUGUACAUGGAUACUGCUGAGACCAUGAACACGGGGCCCUCGGAUAGCAUGAAAAACCAUGUCAUGCCACCAGUCAAUAGUGGCAGAUGAGAACAACGAUGGGUUGUUUCUUCUUCGUCAAGGGAUUCUUAGGGGUUUAAGAGAACUCUUGAUUACCAAUUUACCGUAGUGAGCCCUCGUACUAUAGGCAUAUUACUGUUGAUGGCAUACUAGGGGAGUUCCAUUCUAGCUGCCGUGGUUGAGUCUUUAUCUUUAAUUUGGAUCUAGAGUUC